UAAGCCUUGAGCCAUUUGCAUGAAGGUUGAAACGUGGCGGUGGCAGGGGGAACUCAAUGGAGUCGAAGCGGCAAAGCUCACACGCGGCAUUCAAAGGAGCCAAAAAUGGCAGAGACCAGCGGCAGUCGGCCCCUUGGAAUGCUCAACAAAAAGGAAAUACACACAACACAACAACGCCUGCGCUGCAAAUGCCAUCUCCUUAAUCCUUAUCUCUUAUCCUCCAGAAUCCAGUCUCUGCGCAUUCCGCCGAGCACCCGCCAUCGUCAUUCGCCAGUGCUAACCUGUCUCUCUCCUCUUCCCAACGCGUGUCAUUUCCCCCCCAAAAACCCUAAACCCUUUUCCAUCUUCUCGCUUCAUUUUGAAAUCCCAUUCCAGUAUAUAGAGAGACGAGAGAAACAGAGGCUUGAACAUUGGGUGUUGUGUUCAUGUUUAUGCACUUGUGCUUGGUGGGUCUCGUUGUUUUCCUUCUGCGUUGCUGCGGUGUUGAUUUCCCCGUCUAGUAUUCCGGCAAGCGGAAGAUUUGGGCAUGGAGGAAGUGGAUCAGCAGUACCGUGACAUUUACGGAUCCGGGUUGGGUUCGGAGUCCGAAACCCAGUACUCGGGGAAAGCCGGUUGGGUCAUGGACCAAGGAUUAACACUGGGGAAGAAGAUUCUGGUCACUGGAUUGGUGGUCACUUCAGCCCCAGUGGUUAUCCCUUCAAUUCUGGUCAUUUCUGCUCUUGGGUUCGCUUGUUCUCUGCCUUCCAGCUUUUUCUUAGCAACCUAUCUCUUCACCGAGUCUCUCAUGACCAGAUUGCUCCCUCUCCAAGCCAAUCAUCAUGUUCCUCCUGAAGAGCAACAUGAAGGAAUCGAGGACUCCCAUGAUCUGGACAAGUAUUUGAAGACAUCAGGGGAGGGCACGAGAGGGCGGACCCUCGAGCCGAUUGAGGACGAAGACGACGAAAUUGUGGAGGAAAAUCAAAAUGGAUAUAGAGAUGGUGAGGAUAUGAAGGGACAAAGAGAUGAUGAGACAGUAAACAUGGCUGUUGAGAUGCAUGCUGUUAGUGGUAUUGUGGUUAUAGAGAGGGAGGGUGAUGUUACGACUCCUGUUGCUGCUGCAGUUCCAAUUGAGGUAAGGACUCUGGUUGUGGAGGUUUCGGAGGGAAGUGAUGAUGUUGAUGAGAAUGAGGAGCUUACAAAAGGGACAACGGGGUUGUUGGAGAGCAUUAGGGAUGAAGGUGUUUCUGAGUCUCCAGCUGAAGUGAAUGAGAAAACGACUGAGGCUGCUGCAUCUGCAGAACCUGAGAAGCAGCAGCAGGAUGGACCUGAGUCCAAUGCCGGAGGAAAUGCCAACCAGAAUGGUUCCACUGAGGUGUGGAACAACGAGAAGAUAUGGGAACAGAUCAACGCGCUGCGCGUUAUUGUGGGAUAUACAGCUUCCAGGCAACCAACGUUAAUGGAAGAGCUCAAGGCUCUGUAUGUUUUCACUGGAGUCGAGCCGCCUGUUGCAUCAUUCAACGACCCUUACGACCUAGAGGAAGUGAACGGGAGGCUCAGGAGUCUCAAGCUGAUAGUCGGAGUAAAGUGAGAAGAG